CAGGGCGGCCGGGGCCAGGGCCGGGCUCCUCCCCGAGCCGGGGGACCGGACACCCCGAACUCGCCCCAGCCCUGACGGGCGCGCCCCGAUCCCGACCCAGGAGGGAGGCCAGGCGAGGCGGGCGGGCACCGGCCCUGCUGGCCGGGCGGCGGGCAGGCGGGCACCAUGCUGAUCAAGGAGUACCACAUCCUGCUGCCCAUGAGCCUGGAAGAGUACCAGGUGGCCCAGCUGUACAUGAUCCAGAAGAAAAGCCGAGAAGAAUCUAGCGGCGAGGGCAGCGGGGUGGAGAUCUUGGCCAACAGGCCCUACGAGGAUGGGCCCGGGGGCAGCGGGCAGUACACCCACAAGGUCUACCACGUGGGCUCCCACAUCCCCGGGUGGUUCCGGGCCCUGCUGCCCAAGGCCGCCCUGCAGGUGGAGGAGGAGUCCUGGAACGCUUACCCCUACACCAGGACCCGCUACACCUGCCCCUUUGUCGAGAAAUUCUCCAUUGAAAUAGAAACCUACUACCGGCCCGAUGGGGGCCAGCAGCCCAACGUCUUCAACCUGAGCGGGGCCGAGAGGAGGCAGCGCAUCCUGGACACCAUCGACAUCGUCCGGGACGCGGUGGCCCCCGGCGAGUACAAGGCCGAGGAGGACCCCAGACUCUACCGCUCCGCCAAGACGGGCCGCGGGCCGCUGGGGGACGACUGGGCGCGGCAGGCGGCGCAGGCGGGGCCCCUGAUGUGCGCCUACAAACUGUGCAAGGUGGAGUUCCGCUACUGGGGCAUGCAGGCCAAGAUCGAGCAGUUCAUCCACGACGUCGGUCUCCGGCGGGUGAUGCUCCGGGCCCACCGCCAGGCCUGGUGCUGGCAGGACGAGUGGACGGAGCUGAGCAUGGCGGAUAUCCGCGCCCUGGAGGAAGAGACGGCCCGCAUGCUGGCCAGAAAGAUGGCCAAGUGCGCCACGCCCGAGGGGGAGGGGGCCGAGCCCGCCGGGAAGCCGGGGCCCGAGGGCCGGCCUGCCGCCAGUGCGGAGGGGCCGCCCGAGGGGCCCGAGGGGCCGCCCGCGCCCGACGCGUCCCCGGACUCCGAGAGCUUCUCCAAGCAGUGGUCUGCGUCCCCGCGCUCCUCCUACUCCUCCCAGCACGGAGGGGGGGUGUCCCCGCAGAGCUUGUCCGAGUGGCGGAUGCAGAACAUUGCGCGGGACUCGGAGAACAGCUCGGAGGACGAGUUCUUCGAUGCACAUGAAGGCUUCUCAGACAGCGAGGACGUCUUCCCCAAGGAAAUGACCAAAUGGAACUCCAACGACUUCAUUGAUGCCUUUGCGUCCCCAGCUGUGGUUUCGGGGGCUUCCGACCCCGCAGACCCCGGGGCCGAGGUCACCAAGGGCGAAGGAGACGGGGCGGGCGCGUCCAGGGACUCCGAGGGUCUCGGGGCCGGGGAGCUGGGGCCCGAGGCCUGCGCCGUCCACGCCCUGUUCCUCAUCCUGCACAGCGGGAACAUCCUGGACUCGGGGCCCGGAGACGUGGACUCCAAGCAGGCCGACGUGCAGACCCUGAGCGCGGCCUUCGACGCCGUCACCCGCGUCCACUUUCCCGAGGCCCUGGGCCACGUGGCACUGCGCCUGGUGCCCUGCCCCCCCAUCUGCGCCGCGGCCUAUGCCCUUGUCUCCAACCUGAGCCCCUACAGCCACGACGGCGACAGCCUGUCCCGCUCCCAGGACCACAUCCCGCUGGCCGCCCUGCCGCUGCUGGCCACCUCGUCCUCCCGGUACCAAGGGGCCGUGGCCACGGUCAUCGCCCGCACCAACCAGGCCUACGCUGCCUUCCUGCGCUCGCCCGAGGGCGCCGGCUUCUGUGGGCAGGUGGUGCUGAUCGGGGACGGCGUCGGAGGCAUCCUGGGCUUCGAUGCGCUCUGCUACAGCGCCAACGCCAGCUCGGGCAGCCUGGGCAGCAGCCGCCGAGGCAGCGUGAACAACGAGCUGCUUUCCCCCGAGCAAGGCCCAGGACGGGACCCGCUGGCCGACGGUGUGGAGGCCCUGGGCCGGGCCAGCCCGGAGCCCGGCUCUCUCGGUGCCCAGCGCCCGCCCAGCGACGGCCCGGCCCCGGAGCCCGACCCUCCGUCCUCGGCCUGCAGCCUGCAGGCUGGCACGGCCCCGGCAGAACCCCGGCGGGGGAGCACCGUCUCCUGCCCAGCCCCGGAGGCCGCCGACGGCCCCGCCCGCCUCGACUUCAGGGUGUCUGGCUUCUUCCUCUUUGGCUCGCCCCUGGGCCUGGUGCUAGCCCUCCGCAAGACCGUGAUGCCCGCCCUGGAGGUGACCCAGAUGCGCCCGGCCUGCGAGCAGAUCUACAACCUCUUCCACGCUGCUGACCCCUGUGCCUCCCGCCUGGAGCCUCUGCUGGCCCCCAAGUUCCAGGCCAUCGCCCCCCUCACCGUGCCCCGCUACCAGAAGUUCCCCCUGGGAGACGGCACCUCCCUGCUGCUGGCUGACACUUUGCAGACCCACUCAGGCCUGUUCUUGGAGGAGCUGGAGAUGAUGGUGCCGUCCACCCCCACCUCAGCCAGCGGCGGCUUCUGGCGGGGCGGCGAGCUGGGGUCCGAGCCCCCGGCCCCCACGGGCACCCCCAGCACGGCCAGCGAGGUGGUCAAGAUCCUGGAGCGCUGGUGGGGGACCAAGCGCAUCGACUAUUCCCUGUACUGCCCCGAGGCGCUCACGGCCUUCCCCACGGUGACCCUGCCCCACCUCUUCCACGCCAGCUACUGGGAGUCAGCGGACGUGGUGGCCUUCAUCUUGCGCCAGGUCAUCGAGAAGGAGCGGCCCCAGCUGGCCGAGUGUGAGGAGCCGUCCAUGUACAGCCCGGCCUUCCCUCGGGAGAAGUGGCAGAGGAAGCGGACCCAGGUCAAGAUUCGGAACGUGACCUCCAACCACCGGGCCAGCGACAUCGUCGUGUGUGAGGGCCGGCCGCAGGUACUGAGCGGGCGCUUCAUGUACGGGCCCCUGGACGUGGUGACGCUGACCGGAGAGAAGGUGGACGUCUACAUCAUGACCCAGCCCCUCUCCGGCAAGUGGAUCCAUUUUGGCACCGAAGUGACCAACAGCUCGGGCCGGCUCACCUUCCCGGUGCCCCCCGAGCGCUCCCUGGGCAUCGGCGUCUACCCCGUCCGGAUGGUGGUCAGGGGGGAUCACACUCACGCCGAGUGCUGCCUGACCGUGGUGGCCCGAGGCACCGAGGCCGUGGUGUUCAGCAUCGACGGGUCCUUCACGGCCAGCGUCUCCAUCAUGGGCAGCGACCCCAAAGUGAGGGCUGGAGCUGUGGACGUGGUCAGGCACUGGCAGGACUCGGGCUACCUGAUCGUGUACGUGACGGGCCGGCCGGACAUGCAGAAGCACCGCGUGGUGGCCUGGCUGUCCCAGCACAACUUCCCCCACGGGGUGGUCUCCUUCUGUGACGGCCUCACCCACGACCCCCUGCGGCAGAAGGCCGUGUUCCUGCAGAGCCUGGUGCAGGAGGUGGAGCUGAACAUCGUGGCCGGCUACGGGUCCCCCAAGGAUGUGGCCGUGUACGGGGCCCUGGGGCUCCCCCCCAGCCAGACCUACAUCGUGGGCCGGGCGGUCCGCAAGCUUCAGGCCCAAUGCCAGUUCUUGUCCGAAGGCUAUGUGGCCCACCUGUCCCAGCUGGAAGCCGGCGCCCACCCCCACGCCCCCCAGGCCACGCCAAGGACAGGACUGGCCAAGAGCAGUUAUGUGGCAGCUCCCGUGGACUUUCUCCGCAAGCAGAGCCAACUGCUCCGCUCGCGGGGGCCCAGUCAGGCGGAUCGGGAGGGACCCGGGACCCCGCCCACGGCCCUGGCCCGGGCCAAGGCGCGCAGCGUCAGCCUCAAGCUGGACAGCGAGGAGUGACCCGCGGGCCCCGCACAGGGAACUGCUCCUGGAUGGACGAUCCCCCCAGCCCCGCCCCGAGGCGGAGGGGGCCGGCUCCGUGCCCACCUCCCCAGACUCCACCCCCGGGCGCGCGCCCUUCAGUUCUGUGUGUCUCUCCCCCCCCCUUCCCAGUCAAUGUGUUACAAAUCCCUUUAAUGUGAGGGGACCGCCCGGGGAGAGGGCAGGGGGGCAGGGGCCCCGGAGGCUUCCACGACGUGUGAAACUGUGAACAUUAAACCCACCCCCCACCGUG